CCUUCUUUUUCCACUGUUUCUCAUCCACUCAUACAUUCCACAAAACUAUUUUCCUUUCCACUUAGACGUUUGUUUUAUUGUUUAGUUGCUUUCUAAUCUUAUUACCAUCCAUCCAUUUGUCUGUGUGUCUGUAUGCGCGCCCCUCUUUCACAUCCCUAACUGACGUUUUAUUAAUUGCCUUCACUCCUAUCAUAUCCCUGUCUACAUCAUCCCACAUUUGCCCCCAUUUACAAAUAUAAUUCGACGCACAGCAGUGCCUCAAACCCCUAUUGAAUUAGAGUAUUAUAGAGACAUGCAGUCCGAUCAUGCCUAUCAGCUGCCUGUCAGCAACAUCGCUUACCAUGUUUACAACCCAGAGGAAGAUGGCACCCGCACUCAAGCUGUGUCACAGCAAGCCUUCAAGCGCACCAUGGACAACUAUCAUGAACAUGAGCGUCUUGCUGAUCUAUUCCAGGUUGAACUCGAUAAGCGUGAGCGUGAGGCCCAGGAGCGUAAAGAGCGUGAAAAGCCAGCCAAGAUGCAAAAAAAGAGUUCCAAGCGAUCUCAUCAGAGCCAGGGACAAGACCGCCCACAACAUCCGCUCCCAGAGCGCCAUUCACUCCGCCGCCAUCUUCGCAACCUGAGCAAUAACCCAAGCAACAGUAGUCUUUUAGAAGGAAACGGUCCCAACAGUAAAGAUUCUGCAGCCAUUCUGGUCAAUAAGUCUUCAGGCAACCAUAGGCGCUCACGGCGAAACUCGGACAUCAGCACCAGCGACAUCAGUGGAUAUGGCGAUGAUGACGUGCGGAUAUUGCCACCUUUGUCCAAGUCCACUCAUCUCCAGUCAAGCUCAUCAUCUCAUGUCAAUCGUGACAUUCAUCUCGCCACUCCUUUGAACGAACAACGAUCGCUGUCUAGCUCACCUGCUCUUCCACUAACGCCAUCACCUCGACUUACUCCCAUGUACUCGGGUCAUGAGGAACGAAAUGGUACUGAUUCAGGGACGGACAUUCCUCAACAAUCUUCGAAUCACCUUAUAAAUAAUUCUUCGUUCUCAAGUUUAGCUAGCUCGACAUCCUCUACAUCAUCACCACUGGUCUCCUCAGCACUUUCUUUGCCGGGACACAUGGUACCUGGACGCAAGAAACGAAAGCAAGCCAUUCCAGUCCACCCCUCAGUUGUCGAUCGGAUCCCAGGCAUUACCCUCAGGAUCCAGCGCGAGAAACAAAGCGAUCAGCUUCAAGUGGAGAUCCUCAAAAAUCUAGAUGACUACACGAUACGACGGGACGCUGAUCAUAGUCCGGAAUUGAAGCUUCAAGCAACACAGGAUUUGCGCAAAGUAAGAGAGUCCAUCGAAUCUGGACGUCCAGGAUACGCCUUCUUUCCCGCACCAUCAUCAGUCGCUCAGUCGCAACAUCUGAAUUCAACGGAAGUCAGCGAAUCUGUAACAGUCUCUGCAGGUUUCUCAGUCGAUGCGUUAGUUAAUAUGACGGACAUGUUUGACGCCCGGUCAUUACCUUUAUCAUGGGAAAAUUUUUCCACGCGGGAAUGUGUGGUUAAUAAAGUGAUUGGAAAACAUGACAAGGAUCUAGAUGUUCUGGAGGAGGCUGUCCAAGACGCAAUCGCAAGGCAGCAUUAUACCCAUCAACAAACCACUCAAUCGCAACAUGAGCGAGAGCGAGAUCAUGAGGGCAGUCCAGUAUCAAAUACUAUUCAAAAGAGAAAUCCAAGUGUACCAGUAAACUCCAGCACAAUUGCUGCACUUUCAACUUCACCAUCAGCAACGAUGACAGCAGGUCCGCGAACUACUAAGCCUGCGGUAACGGUUUCACCUGCUGCAGGACGCCCAGCGCCAACGCGAGCCACACGUAGUAGGAUGCAUGUGUCAGACCGAGGUGGCAAAGAUGAUUUGAUAGCACACGAUGAUAUCGAGUUUGUGUUGAAACAAAAACGUAAAAAGAAAUUAGAGGAACGGAGACGACUUGGAAGUAAAGCCAGCUCCAAGGAUGAAGACGAUGAGGACGAUGAACGACGUGCUCAGAUGGAGGAUGAAAGAGGUGAAUAUGGCGACGACGAAACCAUGGUCAUUCCACCUAGAGAAAAUAUCGAAGGGCGCUCUAAAAUGGAUAUAGUACAAGGAGUUUACUCAGAUGAGGAUCAUGACAGGAAGAGAGCUCGCGUAGAGCAUACUAAACUGAAGCAGGAAGAUGCAGACGGCGAUGUGUCAAUGGCACACCAUGGCAAAGUACGAGGCCAACAGCGAAAUACUUCUAUGGAGAGUAAUACUUCCUCGACACGGUUUAGUGCGCAAGACGCUCUCUCAGGCCAACGUCGCGCAUCCGAUGAAGACAACUCUGCAGGGACAUCUUCAUCUAGUGAAGAGGACGAUGAUGAGGACGAAGAUUACCACGAUACCCACUACAAACCAAAGGGACCCCUUUCAUCAUUAUCACAAAAUGCAUCUCGCCGCCGGAGAACGCUUUCAGAGUCAAAAGCCUCUGUUCCUCACUCCACCAAGAAGGCAGUGGAUACGAUCAUUACAUCUAAGGGCCCCACUGAAAAAUCAAAGAAAGCAUCAGAUGUAACCGCCAUGUCACCAUCCUUAUUAAAGAGAUCGAUGGAUACGAAGCCUACAGCGCUUAUGCCCACUGAAGCGCAGUCUGCAAAGAAUCGAGGCGACAUUGAGAGAUCCCGAUCAAAUCGUUCUCGGUCACCGAUCUCUACAUCCGGAAUGAUAAACGAAGGCAUUCGACGUAACAAAAAAAUAUGGUCUCGAGGCAGAAACUCGAGAAAGGAGGAUGAAGUUGUGGACACGACAAGCGACGACGACGAGGAUAGAGCUUUGGAAAAUGGGAUUGUGGACGUAGGGGAUAUCGAUAGCGAUGCAAUGCCUUUGACCAGGCACGUUCGAUCAGAUUCGACCGCGUCUUCGUCUUUGAAUGUCUCCGACAUUAUUACAAACAGGAAUGAGACUCAACCUGAGGUCAGAAAGGUAUCAGCGGCAAUAUCGACACCAGCAGCAUCUUUAUCUAGCCCCAACACUGAUCUCAGGGACAGCAGUAGUACUAAUAACAGCAAUGUCAAUGGAAAACAAACUCAAGAGUCUGGUGGACGAACACGUGCACGGGCCAGAUCAUUUUCAACCACAAUUGAGACUGCUGACAAGACAAAGUUCUUUGAAUCUGCACUGGAUGUGAUUGAGCAAAAACGUCGGGAGAGUCUUGCCAAAAAGAAAGCAGCACGUGCAGAGGCAGAAGAGCGAGAACGACAAGAACGUGAGGAGCGCGAGCGACGUCAAAAGGAGGAGAGAGAGGAGUUGGAACGCCAGAAGGCUGUAGCGCGCUUACAAGAGCAAGGGAAAGCCCAAAAGAUUGAAUCAACUAAUUUACCAAAGUCAUCAAAGUCACUCCCAGGGCGCGUCCUGCGGCGAACGAAAGCAGAUGCAUCAGCAGAUGAAGGAUCUGUUGACCCGGAUUGUACAUCUUGUCGAUUGGAGCUUUCUGCAGAGGAUAAAGCAUUAUGGAAGAGUGCUGUGGAUGCUGGUGAGAUCCGACUACCAAAGACGUGGGGUACACACGCUAUUCUUUGUACGACGUGUCGAUUGCAGUAUCUGGAGCACCAUUUCCGAUGCACUGCAUGUUUUUACGUACCCGUUAAGGAAGAAAUGGUAGCCUCUGGCUCUUCGUGCAGCCGGUGUAAGGCUGGAACGUGGUUAAUGGAGGUCGUUCGGACACCAUUUGUGGCGGAAAAGCGUGAUGCGCGUCGUAAAACCAUGUCGGACGCGUCUUCUUAAUUGAAAUGUCGUAGGUGAUGGAUGCGAUCUGUAGUCCAGUCUGCAAGCUCCACUCUCCCUCUUGAAACGUUUCACAGGUUCUGAAGAAAAUAAAAAAAAGCUUAUCGUUUAC